AUGAGAAACCACACAGUAACAACUUUUGUCCUGCUGGGACUCACAGAUGAGCCACAGCUGAAGACUCUGGUUUUCAUCUUCCUGUUUCUCACCUACACGCUGAGCGUCACUGGGAACCUGACCAUCAUCUCCCUCACCUCCACAGACUCUCACCUCAAAACUGCCAUGUACUUUUUCCUACAAAACUUCUCCUUCUUGGAAAUCGCAUUUACGUCUGCUUGUGUUCCCCAAUACUUGUACAACAUAGCAACAGGUGAUAAGACCAUCACAUACAACAGUUGUGCUACGCAACUAUUUUUUACUGAUCUCUUUGGAGUAACUGAGUUUUUCCUCCUGGCCGCCAUGGCCUAUGACCGCUACGUGGCCAUCUGCAAACCCCUGCAUUACGUGACCAUCGUGAACCACACGGUCUGCAGGAGACUCAUCAUUGGUUCCUGGCUGGCUGGCUUGUUGAUCAUCAUCCCCCCACUCAGCCUGGGCCUAAAGCUGGAAUUCUGUGACUCCAAUGUCAUUGACCAUUUUGUCUGUGAUGCAGCCCCCCUCCUAAAGAUCUCAUGCUCGGAAACGUGGCUCAUGGAGCAGAUGGUCAUGGUCUGUGCUGUGUUGACCUUUAUCAUGACACUCGUGUGUGUGGUUCUAUCCUACGUGUACAUCCUCAAGACCAUCUUGCAGUUCCCUUCUGCCCAGCAAAGGAAAAAGGCAUUUUCUACAUGUUCCUCCCACAUGAUCGUGGUCUCCAUCAGCUAUGGAAGCUGUAUCUUCACCUAUGUUAAACCUUCAGCGAAGAAAUCAUUGGCUGUUAAUAAGGGUGUGACACUGCUCACUACUUCCAUUGCUCCCAUGCUGAAUCCUUUCAUUUACACCUUGAGAAACAAGCAAGUGAAACAAGCUUUCAAUGAUACAAUCAAAAGAUUUGCAUUGUUCUUAAAGAAAUAA